CUCUCCUGCAACAUUCAUUAUUUUGYACAACAACAAUUAUUUUCUUGAGAGAAAGAGUGCAAUAGUUUUGUUUCAUCGAUAGAUUUGCAUGUAACAUUGCUUCGUUUUAUCACAGCAUUGAAGUACGUAUUUUCUAGCAAGAACAGAACAGAACCAACGAACCAACGAAUUAAUCGAUCAUGUUCAAAAAGCUUCUACCCGCGAGUGCCCGUGCUUCGGCUUCUGCCUCGGGCAUAGCACCACCCUCACCGCCUCCAUCCAGGGAGRAAGCGGGGCACACCAGGAACGCGGUUCCUAGAGAGGAGGAUAGAUCCAAACCUCGGGAAGAAACUAUCAUUAACGAAGGAAAAAGCAUAGACUGCAAAAACAUCGAUGAGCCGGAACUCGUUCUGCCCCCCGCCAGCUACUCUCCAACAGUAGUUGCCCCACAACUCCAUCGAGGCAGCAGCGAGAAAGAUGAAGAGGAACGCAGUGACAGCAACCAGAAGRGCCACACCCGGGAGGUUUCGAUCGAUACCACCACCAGCCAGAGCAUCGACCUUUCUGGUUUGCUCAAGAACCUGGAAGAUUCUCUGCAGCAUGAUCUGGGGGAACAGAGGGGAGGAGAAACAGCGGAGGCCUCUUCCUUCGGUGCCGAUGAACCCGGCAAUUGUAAAUCUCACUCUCCGACUUCGAUCGAGGUCGCUCACAUYGAUUGCACCGGCACCCGUAGGGACAGUUGCAAGACCAGUAGCAGCGAUACUGUCAGCAGCGGUAUUACGGACAACGACAAGGCUACUAGCAAAACCGAAACGACCGGGGUGGUUCGAGAGCUUUCAUCAGAAUCGGCAACACCGUUUGCGUCGGUCAACGAAGACUCGGAUUGUCCCUCCUCGACASCUCUCGCCGACAGUGGCCAUGAUCUACACACAAUGGUUCAGGUUGGCCAGCAGCUAUUUCUGGAAAGCCUGGAAACUCAUGUGAAAGAGGAGAUACAGUCAUUUGCCACCACUAGCGAAAGCUURGUGCCGGGCAUGGAGAAAAAGGGUAAGGAUAUUGACCGAGACAAGGCCCMCGUCGAUGYACGUGCGAAUACCGUGUCGAGUARCAAAGCAAYCUGURCCAAUCGUGCAGUUGUGAAAAAAAMGAUUUUUGUCGGCAUUGGAGUCAUCGUCGCCGUAUGGUUCUUCGCAUUCGACAAUGGUUGCAUWAUUCUUCGGAAUCCUAACAGUUCCACAGCUCAAAUUGCAGAUACAGAAGACCYCCACAGUGUCGAAGAACAUUUCUCCCUMCCCAUUACUAAUGUGCAUUCCAGUGUGGAGAUCAACAACACGGCGGACCGAAAUAGUGACGAACCUUCGAUUWCAUCCGGCUUCAAGGGUCAAAUCAAAAGCAAGGAGACAAUGGACCACCAGAAUGGCGAAGGGCCGAUUGUAUCCAGGACCGUUUCCAGUAUGCAAAUCGAGAAUAGAGCGGACGACCACAACGAUGCAAUAMCAAUUCUUCCCAGCACAACGUCCAACACUCAAGUCGAAGAUUCAUCAGACGACAACGAGGAAAAACCUCCGGAUGAAUCAUGUGRCAGCAACUUUGGGUCUUGCGACGCCCCAGAAGGUGGUCCUUCAGGCUCUACCCUAAUCGAACCCAGCAUAACAUUUGCCUUCUGUUCUUGGUUAACAGCUCUUUUUUUUGUUGCAUGGGUACUUCGGAUCUGGUUUCAAGCCACCUUGGCCUCUCGAUUUUUGAUGCCGAAAGUAGAAGGAAAAACCAAAAUGGAGCCGAUGAGUCCAAUCUGCUCUUUGCCACGCCAUCGCCAGGGCCAUUUUCUCACCCCACCUCCGUUGUCCAAGCAUAGAUCUAUGGAGCCGUCGGAAUGGAUGUCUCCCUGCUACGGAGAGGAUGCUUUGRAUGUGUCGGUGUACGAGUCCAURAAGGCUGCGGAACUGCGGAAGCUCUUGCGGGACCGCAAGUGCGACUAUCGCGGAACAAAACAACAGAUGAUCAAAAUGCUGGUCCAGUCGUAUCAGAACGAGCUGGCGUGCUUGACGGUCCAGCAGCUCCGCCCAAAGUUGCGCAAGCGCAAGCUAUCCCAGAAAGGGUCCAAAAAGGAUGCGGUGCGCCGAUUGGUAGAAGCAGGACCUGUUUGAAAAACUAAUGGCACCGUAGCAAUGCACCCACAAACGAAUCCAUGGAUUGAAUCAAUCCAUCGUAGUACCUCUUCGAACACAGCACGCAUACGAGGAAUGUCAUGUCAUGUCAUGUCAUGCAAUCGUGGCACACCAUAUGGACGAUACAUCGACUUGAGGAAACACGUCUUCCUACUACUUCACGAAAAUAUGGACGAUGCAUCGACUUAAGAAAACAUGUCUUCCUACUACUUCGCGAAAACACUCCAUUUCCUUCUUCUUGCAGCAAGAAGUGGAAUACAGUCAAUGUUUACGAAACAAAUUUUAGUAAUGAAAUAGAUAUCACUAUUCAUA